AAACAUAAUUAAAUAUCUUCUGGAAGUUUAUUCUUAGUAAUGAUCAGCAUACAUGCAUCUUCCUCAUUCUUAUGUCCAAUAUUCAGCCAUCUCAGCCAUCUGCUUUCUAUACCCUUGUGGUCCAAGGGCCUGGAUCCGAUACCUGCACAGGGAUAGAGAAGAAAUGACAUCAUGAAAGAUUUAUCUCUAUCCCUGCUGAGUCGGGGGUGUGGUCGAUUUGUCUCUUCCAAUGGAAACACAGGGGGCCAUGAUGGACGACUGGAUGUCUGCUUCACACCGGAGGAUUACUACAUCUGGAAGUCCCAGGACUUUCUCCUGCGACUGUCCAACAGCGGCCAUCUGCUUGCGGAGGCCGAGUCAACCCUUCCAAAGACUUACAGUACUCGUAGGGGGCCACUUCUACUGUACUCCCAGGACUUGGCUACUAUGGAAACCAGUUGUCACUCAGAGACCAAAGACAGGAAGCAGCGGGUGGUUCGGCAGUACACUCAACAAGUGGAACAGCAGCUGAGCACUCUGAAGGAGCUAACGGCAGCCAUUUUGAGCUACAGCAACAAUCAAUUCACCUCCUCCAGACUCGGUCCACCCCUUGUUCCUUCUCUUCAUCUCCCUCUUGCUCCAGACCUUCAUUGUCCCAGUCCUCUGCCCAUCCGCACCACACAAGAGCAGCCCAGGCCAGAGUUUCUUGUACAGUUGAACCCCCAGUGGCUUCCUACUGAGAGAACCACUGAACAACUGGACUAUCAAGCUGAAGAUAAAGAGGAGGAGCAGGGCAGCAGGAAGAAAGUCAGACUGGAUCUGUUCCUCCAGAUACCCAGUUCCUCCAGGACUCCAACUCCACAGAUGGAGCCUCAGCCCUGGGUACACUAUGUAGCAAUGACUCCUGAAGAACCAGAAGAACCUCAGACUUACUUAGCCAUGAGUCUGCAGCAUACCGAAAGUUCACAGUGCACUGAAAAAAAACACCACAGUCUGGGAGGGGAUCUCCAUUGUCCAAACUUGAACUGCAUCAGUGACACGUCACAUGAUCAAGGCUGUUCCAAUGAAGACAGUGGAACAACCGGUGACAAAGGCAGCUAUGAAAGAUCGACAAGUGGGAAGAGACAUGGGAGGAAAGGCCUCCUUCCUCCUCUGACAGAAUCAGUCUCUCAUAAACACUGCUGGGAGAAGAAACAUCGGCUGAGAUGGGAGGCCUCCGUCAGUGAUGAACACAAUGAACAGCGCCUACCUCCCAUUGCAGAGAGUAACACUGCUGCUCCCAGACGGUCUGACCCAGAAGUUGGGUUACUCCAUCAGCAGGCGCUGUUUCUCCCUCUGCUGUUUCCUGGGAAGGAAGAACAGACAAGUGAGAAGCAAAGAAGAGGAGACGAAAAAGCAGAGAGACAUAACUUGAAAAAAGAGACUGUAGGUCAGGGAGGAGGAGAAGGGGGAGGAAGGCUACCCUCUGAAAAAGGGAUUCUGCUGCAGCCACGAGAAGAGCCUCCUGCUCCAGUAGGAGUGAUGGGUUGUGUUGCAGGACGGAAAGGCCCCGGCAAGCAGAGCUCUUUGGCCUUCUUACAGAAUCCCUGUGAAUCCAGCGACGCUAACAGAGGCGUGGUUAGGGGCGUUCUGCCUCUGGAGCUGACAGAUUUGCAGAACGGCAAAUCUGUUGGCAGCCUGAUCCUGGGUCCUGAUGGGGAAAUCAUUCAAGUGUCGCUGUACGACAACAGCCAGUACCCAUCUCAGGGUGAUGGUGACACACAGCAAGCUCUACAGGUUUUGUCUGCAGAAGGGGAGAAGUUACCCUGGGUCAUUGUGCUGCAACCUGAGCACACACACACGGAGUUGGAAGGGCGGUGCGGGAAAGGGAUGGAGCUGAACACAGAUGCUCCUGUGGGUGACAUCCUGCAUGCUCCUGUGAGUGACAUCCUGCAUGCUCCUGUGGGUGACAUCCUGCACCAUCAGUCCACACACAAGCUUUUAGAUCUUAACAGAUCAAUAGCGGGUAAUGCAUGCUCACCCAGCAGCCACACAGACGCAGUGGCUGUGACCAAGAAGAAAACAAGGAGUGCUGAGGUAGCAGCGGAAACAUGGAAGGCACCAAAAACGGAUGCUAAAAACAAUGUUAGGAUGCCUCCACUGAGGGAGCGGGUAGGGAAGGAGGAGCCAAGAGGAGGCAAUACUGAGGCAGAGGAGGAGGAUGAGGAGGAAGAGCUGGGCAGUAUAGGACAGACUAACCAUUUGUCUGGAUCAAACCAGCCAGGCCAGCAGAACGUCAACCCAAAUGAAGCAACAGCAGAGGACAACAGGAAGAGGAUUACUAAGAGGAAGGACGCUGAGGAAGCUGCAACAACCACACGGAAAAAGGAUAUGAAAACAGGUAAAAGUGCAGAAUCGGAUGGACAGAAGACAUUGAGGACGAGGAAGGAAGGAAGAUGGCAGAGACAAAAGACAGGAGGUGAUGCUCAAUCAAUCAGAAGCCAGCAAGAGGAGAGGACCAACAGAGAAGCAGCAAAGACUCAGGACCAUUCUGCUCUUCCAUCUAUGAAAAAGAAGAUGACAGUCAGGGAAGGAGAGAGAGGAGAAGUGAAGAUGAAUGAGGAGAGUGAAGAGCGAGGCGAAGUGGCGAGGCAGAAGGAAGAGUCUGCUGGGAGGAAGAGGAGAGGAAGGCUGAAACACAAAGAGUUAAUUGUUGAAAACCAUGACAACCCCUUAGAGAAAGAGAAGGUGGAGAUCAACCAGGAAAUGGGAGAGGAGUCUCAUCAAAAGUCAACCAAAAAGCCUUCUGCAACACAACGACACAAUUACAAAACCAAAACAAAUUCAGAGGAAGACAUAGACACAGACCGUUCCACAAAUGCUGACAAACACAGCAGCAGCCGAUCAGUGAGCUCACACAGGUCCACUGCCGCUGCAUCCCAGCUCAGUCAGAGGAGCUCCAGGAAUUCUGCUUUCUCUUCCAUCGAGGAGGCGCUGCCAGUCAGCGCCAUGGGACUCGCUUCAUCACAUGGCCGCCUGUCGUCAUGUUCAACUGUGAGGGUAACAGAGGAACAGCUGAUGCUGAACUCAGUAAAGCCAGAGUCCUCCAGGCCCAGAAAAAGUCAGGAGAAGGAGGCUGCAGCUCUGCAUCUGGCCCAACGAGCAGAGAGGCGGAGGCAGGAGGUGGAGAGGAAGAGGAAGGAGAGAGAGGAAGAGGAGAGGAAGCAGCAAGAGAAGCAGCAGACGGAGGAGAGGAUGAAAAGCGAGCUGGAGGAGGAGAGGAGGAAGAGAGCUGAGGAGCUCAGGUCUUUUACUUUAACGUGAUAAAGAUG